AUGGAGGCGCCGAAGGAGCAGCUGACACCACUUUAUCAGUGCCUCGACUUAGAGGUGGACAUUGACAAGAGCUUCUUGAGAGGCCGCACGUCCAUCUGGCUCCUGCAUAUUCCGUCGCAUGGGCGGGGUGACUGCUACCCCACGGAGAUCAAGCUACACUGCCGGCAGAACGAAAUUAAGGCUACCAAGGUGAACGGGUGCCUGUGCGCGUCAACAUACCUGGAUAGUCUGGAGGAGGUUGUCAGCCCCGAGGGUUACCGGGAUGCCGAGGCCUUCGAUAUCUGCUAUAGGGCGAAGCUGUGGGCGAGCUCCCAGAGUAACAACGGCGAGCUCAAGAUCCAGGUGCCGGCGAACUCGAAAAAGAUCCCCCAGCUACCCCCAGACCUUCCGGAGACGGCGCCGUCAGCGGCCCGCGCCCGGCGGGACGAAACCGCUCGCCUCAUACACAAGUCGCGCCAGGUGGAGGAACGGAGGGAGGCCAAGCGAAAGCAGGGCUCGCGAAGCGGCUUUGCGCCGCAAUCUCCGGAAAUCUCGAUGAUGUCACCCGCCCACCCUUCUCCUGGUUCCAAUGCCAACAUGGACUCCCCAGCACCGAUGGAUGUGGCAGAUUCUUCCGACGACGACAACUACGAUGGCCAUGUCGAGUCGGCCACUGUGGAAGCACACCGCCAGCGCAAGAGGGAGGAGCACGCCAAGGUCAUUUGCGUUGAGGUGGAGUGGGAGCUGCUGCACCCCCGCUCCGGCGUUGUUUUCAAGGCGGCCAGGGAGGGCUUCAGCGCUAACCACAUGUACACCACCUACUCCCACGCACCCAUGGACAUGGACGGGCCGAGGUGCUGGUUCCCUUGUGUCGACCACGCCUCUAUCCUCAUCUCGUACGACGUGACGGUCCGAGUGGCAUCUCCCAAGAUCACCGCGGCCUUCAACGGCAGGCUGCUGGAGAGCAUCACUCUCGACGACGACGAUGAUGAUGACGGCGAUGUUGGUGUCAACGGCGGCACCGACGGCAUGGCUGUUGGAAAGAGAACUAGCUACUCCACUUGCUAUCGGUUCUCGACGGAGACUCUAACGGCCGCCCGGGCUGUCGGGCUCGCCGUCGGCCGUUUCGCUGCUUGGGACGUGCCGCAAUCCCCUCGCGUGAAGGGCUUGGUGCUGAGGGCUGCUUCUGCGGGGGGUGGGGGAAGGUCAGGCACCAUGAAGUCCGAGCGUAGAAGAGCCGUGGACAACAGCUUGAUUGCGGGGGCGGGAAGUUUGCUUGCACACGUGCCGGCCGCCGUUUCGUUCCUCGAGGACUGGCUUAAGGCCGACUACCCCUUCAAACGGUGCACGCAGGUGUUUGUGGAGGGCCUGCCGGACGUGUUUGCGCCGUUCGGUUCCCUAUGCCUGCUCAAGGCCGAGCUGCUGUGCACCGAAGACGACAGGAUUCCUGAUGGUGACCUCCCUGGAGACGCGAGACUGUCAGCGGUAGAGGUGUUGCUUUACGGCUGGGUUAGCACCGCGCUUCGCCUGGAGGGCGGCAAGCACCGCUGGCUCGUGCAUGGCAUCGCUGGUCACCUCCUCACCAAGUUCGCCGCGGAGCUGCGGGGGGAGGAGGAGAAGCAGCACAGGCUGUGGUGCGCCGUUCAGAAGGCGGUGGCUCUUGACUGCGACUUGGGUUGCCCCUCCAUCUCCCCCCCGACCGCGGACCUGUACAUCCCGGAUGCUAUAGACCCGGCGACGGCAUACUACGCCAGACUCAAGGCGGUGCUCAUCCUGCAUAUGGCCGAGGUUAAAGUGCAGCCGGCGGACAUGCAGGAUGCGCUUGGCUCCGUAAUGCGUCCAAUCGCCCUCCACGUGAGGGAAGAGAAGGCGGACCUCGCUCUCAGGCGUCAGACGUCUACCUUUUCUUUGUCGAGGCAGCCGAGCUCUCUCUCCCAAGGGCAGCUAUCUAGGCAAGCCUCCGCCGACUCCGCUGUCGACAAGGCGGGAGACGGCGACGAUGCUGCUACGGCGGCGGCAAGCUCCGGGGAGCAGGUUGGGGGGCAGUUCAUGCAGCCGCUGACGGAUACAGCCUUUUUGUUGCUGGUUCGGACGAUGGCGGCCAGAGGCGGGCACGACCUCGGGAAGGAGCUGACAGAAGGUUUCUACCACCAGUGGGUCACCGGACAAUGCCUUCCUUACCUCAGGUGGUCCCGCCGUGGAUGUCAGGCAUCGCGUGCCACGGUCCUCUCACGGUGGAAGUGUGGGAGUCCGACAGCAUGGGGGGCGGCAAUGAUAACGGACCCAGAAGCGGCAGUCCAGGGGGGCGGGGGGGCGGCGGGGGGAGGCCCCGCCACAGCACCCAGGGCAAGUGGUUCGGGCGGGCACGGUGGAGGGGAGGAUGAGGUAGAGGAAGAGGUGGAUCCCGAGAAGCAAGCCAUGUUUCAAGCGCAGGAUUUCAAUACGUCGCCGGUGCUGUGGGUCAAGGUGGACCCGCAGCUAGAAUGGAUGAUGAGCGUGAGGAUGCGGAAGCCGUGGCACCAGUGGGUUGAGCAGCUCUUUUGCGAUGAGAGCGUGGAGGCACAGUGCGAGGCGCUAAGGGGUUUGGUGGAACUGCCGUUGCCCUUCGAGCUGAGGAACUCGGAGCUGCCGGUGCAAGCCAUCGCUGAGGCCGUCCGAGGAAGGGUAUCCCACACACAGAUGGAACACGCCUCCUGCGUCCGGAAGGAGGCGGCUGUCGCCCUUGCUCUCUGGCAGAAUCAACAUGCACCGCCUCACGCCGGAGGCUUUGGGGAGUCGAAAGAGACGAGAGCACAGAACUGGAGGGGCUUGGAGCACCUCCUUAAGGCCUUUGCGGAGAGGUUCGAACAGAGGGACUCGAAAAGCCCUGCUUCAUCGGGGAUGCGGUUGGGGAUAGGGCACGAUGAAGCCGGGUCCGGCGGUGGCAACCGCAAGUCUGCCCUGCUGCUGCCGAAUUGGUUCGAGGAUUCGACAGAGUAUCGCUUGAAGAAAGCACUGAUCUGGGCGGCCGCAAACAUGCGCGCUCGAGAUGGCUGUACGCCGUUGGAGGUCCUGGAUCUGCUGGUGGUGCUGUUGCGGGAGAAUGACAACUGCGAGAACUCUCGGAGCGACGACUACUAUGUGGCCCAGGUGCUGACCUCGCUAGGACAGGUUUCCACGACCCAGGAGGCUGGAUUGCCGGCGUCCUCCGUGGCUGAGGCUAUCUCACAGGCUCGGCUCUGGCUGGACCUCGACAUGCUGGGUGUAUCUUCCUCGGGGCACAAGGCGACCGCCAAGCCCGCGACUCGCACCACCAAGAGCCACAACGGCGUUGUAGCGGCUUGUGCUCUGCAGUGCCUCUGCCAGCUGGAGAUGCUAAGGGGUGGCAGGCCCGAGGUAGAUUACGAGGAGUACACGGAAGGGCGACACCCUACGAAUGUGCGUAUCGCGGCUGCUCAGAGCAUCAUCCACUUGUACCUCGCCUACGACAGCGGGUUAGCAGAGGACGCGGAGGACGAUGGAGAAGGGCUCUCAUCGGCGCUGCUCUGGGUGUUGGACUUUGUGGAAUCGGAGGAGCCCGCCGGAGACGGCAGGCCAAGAUACUGGGCUGUUCGAUGCCUUCUCGACGCGCUGGAGCGGCGCCCCCUCGUGGCGUCGCACCUCGCCCGCUUCCAGAGCGACGACUCGUUGCUGGGGGAAUGCGACCCCUGGGCGGAGAUGGAGUUCUUCACACCACGGGGGCCGGGGAGGGCGGCCUAUCGCCCGGACGGGCCUCUUCCGAAGGAGUUUCCAAGGGCGGCGGAAGCGGCCGAGCGGCUUUGGGCUCUGAUGAAUGAAGGGACAGCGUACGACCAGGCCCUCAGGCACCUCUGUUUCCAGCUCUGGCGAAAUAUCUGGGGCCUUGAAACACCUCCCUGCCUGGUAAACAACAUUCCGGAGAAGUUAGAAGGCUGGAGGGAGAAGAUGAUUGUUGGAGAGUCUAAGAACCUCGCCAAAGAUCACCGUGCGCGGAGUCGACUGGCUAUGGACGGCAUGGUUGAUAAGGUAAAAGGGUGGGUGAUGGGCCGGAACAAACGAAGGGAGUGGAUUAACCGCGAUUGGUGCGAAUGGUACUACAGGGAUCGAGAUCGUCAGGCAAGGCUAGCCCUCAAGGUCAAGCGGAAAGGAGACGAAGAAGAAGAAGAUAUCACCGCCAACCCUUGGGACGGCCGUUAUGGACCGGAACCUCCGGAAGAGAUGGUGGGGCCGCAGGGACUGGGGGUGGGGGUGCACUCGGUUCAAGGAGUAGUUCAGUGGGAGGAUGGCGGGAGCGAAGCAGCGGCGGGAGGCGGUGUAGGCCUCAAAAAGUUUCGGACGGUUGGUGGGGGCGGUGGGAGUUAGAUGUUUUUCUCGGUGGUAUGUAUGUGUUGGUGCAGGUACUCUGUCACUGGCAAUGACCCUUACCCUGAGGCAUUGGUGCUGUUGUUGGAAUGCAACUCAAUCGUUCAAGGUAUUGUGAUUGCUUCACAAGCAAUAGUAAUGGGUGGUCUGACGCAGUCCGACAGGCCUGGCUGCUUGCGCACGCUCGUUCGGCUUGCGUUGACAUGUAGUGGCAUCUGUAAAACCCCCUGCCUAACGGUUGAUGUUAUUGGACCGUGUUGGCCUCGAUACUGCUCCACGUCAAUCUAGGAAAGGGGCCGAGAGCCCGCCUAC